AUGAAGACUGCUCUACUCUUUCUCUGCAUUAUAGGAAUAACUUGUGCCUUCUCUGCAAAAAACUUCCGAAGAAGAUUUAAGUCAGAGGAUUCAGAAGAAAAUGCAGUGUUCAAGAACAGAUAUAGGCAUUUUCUUUAUAGAUAUCCUUACUUCUACCCACCUAUGAAAAGAUUCCAGUUUAACAGUGACUCAUCUGAAGAAGGUUUUGGUGGCAACAGUUCAGAGGAGGAAGAGGAAGAGGAAGGGGGACAGUCAAAUGAGGAAAAUGAGGGUGGAAAGGGGAGUGAAGAGACCACUGAGGCUCCCACUGCACCUGGGGCUGGAGAUAAGAAGGGUGACGGAAAUGCCAAACCUCCCAAACAGGUGCCAGUAGGAAAAGAGCCUCUCCAGAAACCUGGGAAAGAAGCAGGUGAUAAAAAGGUUGAAAAGGACAAUGCUCCAAAAAAAGGUACAGAGGAAGAAGACAGUGAUGAAAACGAGGAAGAGGAGAAUGAAGAGGAAGAAGAGGAGAAAGUAGAUGAAAAUGGAAGUGGUGUUAAUGCCACCAACACAAACAGCACCAUAGAAGAAACUGGAAAUGGUGGCAAUGGAGAGGAGGAAGAAGAGGAAGAAGAAGAAAAUGGAGCAACAACCAUCAGUCCCACCACCCUGCCCACUACUGUCAUCCCUACAACGGUGUAUCAGGACCAAUAUGAAACUACUACAGAUGGACAGUGGCAAGAUGGGACCACCCCUGCAGAUCAGAGCCAGUUUGACACUACCACAGAAGAUCCAUGGGUGCAUGAUGUCACCACCACAAAUGGUUAUGAAAAUGGGUAUGAGGUCCAAACUGAUUAUUAUGGCAGUGAGAAUGGAUACCCACGAGGAGAUACUUUCAGAACUUAUGAGGAUGAGUAUAGUUACUAUAAAGGGCAUGGGUAUGAUGUAUAUGGCCAAGAUUAUUACUAUAAUCAGUGAAGAAAAUAAGCCAACUCUUGACAUGUUUAUUAUACAUUUUUGCAUGUCAGUUGUUCACAAAGUCUACUCAGGAAAAUGCAUCACAAUAGAAUGGUGCUUGUUAAACAAGAUAGAAGAUUAAUAUCUGGUAUUAGUGCUAACUAUGAAAAUAUGCUGUUUUUAAAGAUAUGCCUUUGAUCAAUAUUCAUGUAUCCAUCAUGGACUUUUUGAUUUUUUUUUUUUGAAGGAGUAAUCAUGUUGCAGAUGAAUAUUAUUUUGUUGCUGAACACCAAACUCAAUUUUUCUUUGGUGCUGAACUUGG